CGUGGAGAGGUAUACUGUUGAUUGUUACGGGAAAUUGACCAAACGACAGAAACUGGAAAAUGCUGGCAUGGCGGAACAUGCUUUAACGGAAUACAAUAAGCGACAUGGAACGAAGUUGGAGUUUGUGAGGGCUUGGAAGUGCCAGACGUUUAAAAGUACUGGUCUUGUUAAGGACUUCAGUGAAAUGGAAACAACUUGGAAGCAUUUGAACUUUGUUGCUAAGCGGCCUGAACGCGCUGAACUCAUUAAACAAGGUUUUGCUUGCUAUAAAGAAGUAAUUUUGUUUGCUGAAAUGUAUUUGGAGGAUGGCUACGGUUACGUGCUUACUACUCUGUCACGCGUGCUUCCUCAAGCUAAGC